CUCACUUUCAUACUGGUAGUACUCAGUAGUGGACUUGGAGCUUCUCACUCAGAGUUCUCGUCCUAAUUAGGUAGACUCAUCAGUCCAAACAAACUCAAUUCCUUUCCAGCAACAUGAGUUCCCCUCAAAAAGCCCGUGCAGCCAACUCAUAUACAACUCGUUUGGACAAGACAUUGAGAACAUUACAGGAGCGAGUAAAAGAGCAGGAGGCAAUUCUGGAAGAGGUGGGUUCGCAGGAGUGUAUGUGUUGAACUAAUGCUAAUUUAUCUUCAGCUCCGAGCCUCAACGGUCCCACUUGAUACCGUGACCUCAGAACACCCAAAAUCCAACUUACUGCAACUACGCGCGCUCAAAACGGCUUAUGAGACAUUGACACCUCAAGAGCCAUGGCUUCCGUCUCCGGACUCCCCAGUUCCAGCGCUUUUAGCUCUUCGUGAUACAGACAAAUGCAUCAAGGAGACUCGCCAAUGCAUCACCCAAUCCGAAAUUGAGCUCCAAGAAGCUCAGGCACGACUUGAAAAAGAGCAAGGAUUUCAUUCCGAUGCCAAGAUCAUCCAGAACGAGCUGAAAUCCCGGAUAGCAUCACUGCAAACUGAAAUAGAUGAAAAGACACAAAAGACUUCCAGUCAGAUUGCCAAGGAUAUGAUACGGGAGAUGCAAUCUAAGCAAGAAUACUAUGACACCGAGACCGGAAAACUAGUGCAAGCAUUCAAUCAGUUUAUUGAUGAUCAUCUUGCACCCUUACUGGCAGCGGAAGAGCUGGGAGGAUCUAUUGUGGGUGAUAAUCUGAGUGUAGAUGAAGUCAUGCUCGAGGCUGGAUUCACCGCGAAAGGGAAAGCCAAAAAGCCCAAAGCCAACCCGGAUGUGGACAAACGACAACGUCGAAUUGACCAGAUCUGGGGUAAGAGAGCAGAUCCGGAUGAGAUGGAAGAUGAUGAGCCAUGGGAUGAGAAAAGAUCUGCUGGGGCAGAGAUGAGAGAACUGACCGAGCAACUUCUCAAUAAUCUCGUCGAAGCUGGUGGUAGUGGGCCCGGUGCUUAUGUUGAGAUUGAAAGAGAAUCCGCUGCUGCUAGGUUUCUAGUAAGGUCAAAGCUUGCCCAGUUCCACCCUAAAGAUGCUAGGAGAAUUCGGUUGGUAGAUUUUGGAGGGGAGGUGGAAGAUUGA